AUUAGUGGCUUAAAACAGCAGUGUCAAUUACAGAGAUGCCUUGAGACAGCUGAUUGGAAGUGGGUAUAGAUCUGAGGCAUAGUUCCAGUGUGAUCCGUGGGCUUGAAAGCGCAGUAAUCUGUCUAUUCGAGUGUCAUCUGUUGCCACCCACCGAUGUCAAGAUGACUAAGCUGGGGUUUUUGCGGCUGUCCUAUGAAAAGCAGGACACACUUCUGAAGCUUCUCAUUCUGUCAAUGGCUGCUGUGUUAUCAUUCUCCACUCGUCUCUUUGCUGUCUUGAGAUUUGAAAGUGUCAUCCAUGAGUUUGAUCCGUACUUCAAUUAUCGGACUACCCGGUUCCUGGCUGAGGAGGGAUUUUAUAAAUUCCAUAACUGGUUUGAUGACCGGGCCUGGUACCCUUUGGGGCGAAUCAUUGGAGGAACCAUUUACCCAGGCUUAAUGAUUACCUCUGCUGCAAUCUACCAUGUACUCCAUUUUUUCCACAUUACCAUCGACAUUCGGAAUGUCUGUGUGUUCCUGGCCCCUCUCUUCUCUUCCUUCACCACCAUCGUCACGUACCACCUUACCAAAGAGCUCAAGGAUGCAGGGGCUGGACUUCUUGCUGCUGCCAUGAUUGCUGUUGUUCCUGGGUAUAUCUCCCGAUCUGUGGCUGGCUCCUAUGAUAAUGAAGGGAUUGCCAUCUUUUGCAUGCUACUCACCUACUACAUGUGGAUCAAAGCAGUAAAGACUGGUUCCAUCUAUUGGGCAGCCAAGUGUGCCCUUGCUUAUUUCUAUAUGGUCUCUUCAUGGGGAGGUUAUGUGUUCUUGAUCAACUUGAUCCCUCUCCAUGUUCUAGUGCUGAUGCUCACAGGACGUUUCUCUCACCGCAUCUAUGUGGCCUACUGUACUGUUUACUGCCUGGGCACCAUUCUUUCCAUGCAGAUCUCCUUUGUGGGUUUCCAGCCUGUCCUUUCAUCAGAGCACAUGGCAGCCUUUGGGGUCUUUGGUCUCUGCCAGAUCCAUGCCUUUGUGGAUUAUCUGCGCAGCAAGUUGAAUCCACAGCAAUUUGAAGUUCUUUUCCGAAGUGUCAUCUCCCUGGUAGGCUUUGUCCUUCUCACCGUGGGAGCUCUCCUCAUGCUGACAGGAAAAAUAUCUCCCUGGACGGGGCGUUUCUACUCACUGCUGGAUCCUUCUUAUGCUAAGAACAACAUCCCCAUCAUUGCUUCUGUGUCUGAGCAUCAACCUACGACCUGGUCCUCAUACUAUUUUGACCUGCAGCUUCUCGUCUUCAUGUUUCCAGUUGGUCUCUAUUACUGCUUUAGCAACCUGUCUGAUGCCCGGAUUUUCAUCAUCAUGUAUGGUGUGACCAGCAUGUACUUUUCGGCUGUAAUGGUGCGUUUAAUGUUAGUGUUGGCACCUGUUAUGUGCAUUCUUUCUGGCAUUGGAGUUUCCCAGGUGCUGUCCACUUACAUGAAGAAUCUGGACAUCAGUCGUCCAGACAAGAAGAGCAAGAAGCAGCAGGAUUCUACCUACCCUAUUAAGAAUGAGGUGGCAAGUGGGAUGAUAUUGGUCAUGGCUUUCUUUCUCAUCACCUAUACCUUUCAUUCAACCUGGGUGACCAGUGAGGCCUACUCUUCUCCCUCCAUUGUGCUGUCUGCCCGUGGUGGGGAUGGCAGUAGGAUCAUUUUUGAUGACUUUCGAGAAGCAUACUAUUGGCUUCGUCACAAUACGCCAGAGGAUGCGAAGGUCAUGUCGUGGUGGGAUUAUGGCUACCAGAUUACAGCUAUGGCGAAUCGGACAAUUUUAGUGGAUAACAACACUUGGAAUAAUACCCAUAUUUCUCGAGUAGGGCAGGCAAUGGCAUCCACAGAAGAAAAAGCCUAUGAGAUCAUGAGGGAGCUUGAUGUUAGCUAUGUGCUGGUCAUUUUUGGAGGCCUUACUGGGUAUUCCUCUGAUGACAUCAACAAGUUUCUGUGGAUGGUCCGGAUUGGAGGGAGCACAGACACAGGCAAACAUAUCAAAGAGCACGAUUAUUAUACUCCAACUGGGGAAUUCCGUGUGGAUCGUGAGGGGUCUCCAGUGCUGCUCAACUGCCUUAUGUACAAGAUGUGUUACUACCGUUUUGGACAGGUCUACACAGAAGCCAAGCGUCCACCAGGCUUUGACCGUGUCCGGAAUGCAGAGAUUGGAAAUAAAGACUUUGAGCUUGAUGUCCUGGAGGAAGCAUAUACCACAGAACAUUGGCUAGUCAGGAUAUACAAGGUAAAGGACCUGGAUAAUCGAGGCUUGUCAAGGACAUAAAUGUUACAUCCAGCUCUGAUAUGCUUCGCACUGAAUACGUCACAUUUAGGAUAUGGAAGACGUUUUUUAAAUAUGCAGUUUAUAAGAAAAGAGCACGAUGGGAUUAGAAUUGUCUGAAAGUUUUGCCCUGGGCAGUAUGGGCUGGGCCAAAUGCAAUGAUUUUUAUAAUUCUGAGCAGGUUACCAAAUCAAAUGUCAUGGCUUUACUUUGGUCAAUUAAAGGGGGGAAUUUUUUAAAAAAU